AUGGCGGAAGAUAAUUCGUGGGUGUUUGACUCGCUGGUGUGCUUUUUGCACGGUCCCGUGUGGAAUGCUCCACUGCAAACAUUUAUCGAGGAUAAAUCGAUUAUUUUUGAUCCCAACCUGCAGCCUGAUGAAAGCAACCCCGAAUUUCGCAAAGUGCACGAUGAAUACAAGAAUCUAGUUGAUUACAUGCUCGGUUCAUUCAUGGAGGAGAUGCAAAUAACGCCGGAACAGUUCGAGUUUGCCUGUCUGGAAGGUCGCCACGUGGCUAGCCUUGGUGCUCCCCGUGCCGCAUCCGCCGGUACAUCCGGUGAGGAUCGCGCAGAACAGUCCGGUGCCAAUACGUUUUCGUUCCAUCAGGGUCUGUUUCAGCAGAUAUGGGCGGCCAAUGAUAUACGUAUUUUCAUACGCAUGAUGGUACAGCGUAACGUGGAGCUACAACUACAGGCACUAGAUUUAAUCGAACGACGCUCCCAAAGCAUGUCUAAGAGGGAUGACAGUUCGGAUGUUGAUGCGCUAUCGGAGUUGCAGCUGAAAGAAGAUCGAGAGCAGAAUGACACUCCGGUGGAGGGUGAAAUCGAGCGCGAUAUUUUAAAAUCGGUUGAAAACGAACUAAAUGUCCCGGGGCGGGAUCCGAGUGCAGGAGCCUCACCGGUUCGGCAGUCCGUUUUGGACAGCACUCUAGACGGUGAGCUGUCGGCGGGAGAAAAAGAUAAGUUUCAGCGCUUAAAUUUGUUUUUCGAUCAGGAAAAGAUCAAUAACGAAGAUAUGAAAGCGCGCCAAGAAUAUUUGCGCUCGCAGCGGGACAAAAUUUUGACGAUCAAAAAGCAGGCUCGGGCACGCCAACUGAACGAAACGAUACGCAAAAACGAACGACCAGCCUCGGCACAGGUGGCACAGAAGUUUUUGGAAGGUGAAACCGAAUCGGUAUCGGUUGAACCACCAGAAGGAUCGCUUCAGCUACGGAAGAUGUUGGCCCAGCGACUACGAAACGAGGUGGCCGUUGAUAAGGAGUAA